AUGGCCAGAAAUAAUUGUACUUUGCUGACAGAGUUCAUCCUGUUGGGAUUAGCAGACACAUUGGAGCUACAGACUAUCCUUUUUUCUCUCUUUUUGGUGAUUUACACACUUACAGUUGUGGGAAAUAUUGGAAUGAUCCUUUUAAUCAGGACUGAUUCUCGACUUCACACACCUAUGUAUUUCUUCCUGGCAAUCCUGUCUUUUGCAGAUGUUGGUUAUUCAUCCACCAUCACUCCAAAGAUGCUGGUAGAUUUAUUAUCAGAGAAGAAGUCCAUCUCCUUUGCUGGUUGCUUCCUGCAGAUGUACUUCUUUAUAGCCUUUGCCACAAUUGAAUGCAUCCUUUUCGGGUUAAUGGCCUAUGACCGCUAUGUGGCCAUAUGCAACCCUCUCCUUUACGCCUUGAUCAUGUCCAGGACGGUCUGCCUGAAAAUGGCCACAGGGGCUUUUACAGCCGGUCUGUUGAACUCCAUGGUUCACACAGGUUAUAUUUUCUCUCUGCCUUUCUGUGGCUCCAACACAAUCAAUCAUUUCUUCUGUGACAUUCCGCCAUUGUUAAAACUGGCUUGUGGAGACAUCUUUGUGAAUGAGAUGGUGGUCUAUAUAUUCGGUAUAUUGUUUGUCACUGUUCCCUUUUUGCUGAUACUUGGAUUCUAUAUCAGAAUUAUCUCCACCAUCCUGAAGUUGCCAGCAAACACAGGGCGGACCAAAGCUUUCUCCACCUGCUCUUCCCACCUCACCGUUGUACUUUUAUUCUAUGGAUCAGCCACUGUCACUUACUUAAAGCCUAAAUCAAAUGAGCAUGAAGGACUAGACAAGCUGAUAUCUCUCUUCUACACCAUUUUGACUCCAAUGACAGACACAUUUCUCUCACUUUUCUAUACCGUUAUCGCCCCGAUGUUUAACCCCCUGAUAUACACUCUGAGAAAUAAGGAUGUCUUGACAGCCUUGAGAAAACUGCUCCCUUAA